AUGUGGGACAAGUUUACUUCAUUGAAGUCGCAGAGCAUGAGGGCAACGACAUCCUUCAAACGAGGUGAAAUUAUUUGCCCGGUCUCGGCAGACUACACUCUUGAGUCUGACGCCCUUGUCCUCAUGGAUGGCUGUCGCCUGAAACACGACACGAGAUUCAACGCCACCAUCAUCAGCCGCUUUAUCAUCGCCACGAAGGAUCUUCAACUGGGCGAGGAAGUUUUGGUUAAUCUCAACACAUUUCUUUACGACGUGGGGGACAGGAGAGGUUCAUCCCUCACAGGGUUUAAAAACCUCACGGAGGAGGAAAAGCAUCAUCUUUACAGGUAUGCAGAUGAACACGUGCGGCAGCGAGCGAUCAUGGACGGGUUUAUUCCAAAUCGCAGUGAAGGUGGAAUCAAGGUGGUGCAAACACGAAAUUCGCACCUAUUAACCGUGUCGCGGGGGACCCACGAGCCCAUGAGUACAGUAUUUACCUCCACUGGUGUUUUACUUCCGUUUCCAGUGCGCAGUACAAUUGAGCUUCCAGGAUACCAACACCUUCGUCUUACUGGGGGAUCGGAGUUUAUCCGUCACGCCUGUCAGCCAAACCUGCGUCUUGAGAUUGUGGGGGACUCCAUUCGCGGCGUCGCCCUCCGAUUCAUAGAAGAGGGUGAGGAAUUGACAUACAAUUACCUCUGUACAGAGUGGGAUAUUGCGGAACCGUUUCACUGUACGUGUAACACGGAUUCAUGUUAUGCAUUCAUAAGGGGUUUUUAUUACUUGGACACCGGAGAAAAGGCGCGUCUAUUGCAGAAUGCCAGUGCUGCAAUUAAGGAAAAGUACAACGCACCGAUUCCAUGUACUGCUUCUUUGGCAUCUUUAGAAAAAAUAACGGCAUUAGCCGUUACAUUUGAGGGAAGAGUGGCUGCUCAACGAUACGUCGCCUCUGGUACAGUCUUGAUGAAUGUCAACCGUCUUUGUGUGCGUACUCGAGAGGUCGUUCUUGACACUUUGCAUAUUCCGCAUAGCUGUGAUGCAAAUGUUGUUCUCUUGGAAGGUCGUUUGGUGGCAUCUAGACCUUUUCUUCCUGGCGACCCGCUCACACUAAACCUAUCUACCCUGUUUUAUGAAUUGCCGCUUCCUUUUGAAUGUCACUGUGGAUCUGUAACUCACUCGCACCUGGUUAAAGGGUUUUCGGCGUUGAGUGACGAGGAAAAAAGUUCCCUCAUGCCGUUUGUGGAGCACUCUGUUCUUGUAGAAGCGUUCCGUCAUGGAUUUACUGUGCAAAGUUCAAGUUCUUGCGUAAAAAUACGACGACAUCCUUCCCUGGGGGAGGCGACGUAUGCUGCCGACUUUAUUCCAAAGGGAAGUCGUGUUUUUCAUAUGAGAGGUCUUGUUAUUCCCUUUCCAACGAUUUAUACGGUUUAUCUCGGGGAUGACAGGCACUUGCUUUUCGCUUUUGGGGCACAAUGCCUGGCGCACAGCUGUGAACCUAACACGCGUCUUUUUGUAGAUGCCGCGAAUGGAAUGGCCACUUGUGUGGCCAUACGUGACAUUGAACCAGAAGAAAUUGUAUCCUUCAAUUAUUUGACCUCCGAGUGGGACAUGGCGUCGCCAUUUAAAUGCUGCUGCGGAAGUGCAUCCUGCUUUGGUAUGAUCAAAGGAUUUCGUCACCUGGACGAGGAGACUCAACUCCGCCUCUGGCCGCAUACAAGUAGUGGUGUGAAAUCGCUUUUUGCCCAGCAUCGUCGCAGUGCACUGUCAAAUUUUGACACCUCAUUGGUCUCUCUCCAAGGGCCUUUGGGGGAACUGUGUCUGGCGCGUGAUUUGUCCUCGGGUGUGAUACUCUUUACUGCCACAACAUUUUGUAUUGCAACCGAAGAAAUUGUGUUGGACGGUGUGCGACUGAGGCAUUCGUGUCGUCCCACAGCUGUAUUCCUUGAAGGACGUGUUGUGUUGUGUCGUGCAUCACCCAGAGGUGAUCCCGUAACACUGAACAUCAACCACUUGAUCUACAGCACGCCGGCCUUUGUGUGUCAUUGUGGUGCAGAAAACUGCGUUGGGGAGGUGCGUGGCUUCACUGGGCUUACAAAUGAGCAAAAGAGUACAGAGAUGUUGUACGUUGAUCCACGGGUACGAGCGGCGGGGGGGUGCAAUAAAUGCUGGGUCCAAAGCUCAUGCUCACUGGUAGAGGUGAAACCCAAUGGGCCUAUGGGACAAGCGACAUUUGCUAAGAGUGACAUUGUGGAAGGGCUCGCUUUUUUAGGGUGUCAGGCCUUGUUCUUCCCUUUCCAACAAUCUACACGAUCCUGUUGGAUGAAAGACAACAUCUUCUUUUUGCAGAUGGGGCGCAGUGCUUGGCGCACAGCUGUAAUCCAAAUGUUCGUGUCAUCAUAG